AGGGCUGCCCUAAAAUGGGGUUUUAAACGCACCCACUUUACGCAGCCAGUGUGAAGAUGAAAUGGCAGCUGUCCAUUCUCAGUGCACAACAGAGGGCCCAUUGUGUCUUAGGCACACAGCACACUCCUGACAGGUCCAUCGCACUGGCGUGCACGAGUCACUCAUUCCAGGACACAUGAAUGGAGUUCAUCUGAUGUUUAAAGCACCUGACCGGACGUGAGCACUUGGUCACAAAUAUACACAGACAGGAAUCCUGCCUUCAGGGAACUCGCUGUCCAGUGGGGGAGGUAAUAAAAAUACCACCUGUUGAUGUCGACACUCCCCGAUACGCCAAGCAUAUAAUGGGCCGUGUCAUUUACUUGCCAGAGCAACUGGAAGAAGCUGUACUUCCAGUAUUCCCAUUCUAUAAAGGAGACAUGGGGGGUCAAGUGACUUGGCCAAGGUCGUAGCCGGUGAGACAGAGCCAGACUUCAAACCUAGCCAGUGACCGCAGAACUUACCAGCACAUGUAAACAUGAGCCCCGCACAGAAGUAGGGGGUGUGGGCUACGUGAAAGGCCAGGCACAGUGCUGUGAGAAGGGAGAGAUGAUGUCCAGCCAGGGGAUCAGGGAAAACUCUGGGGAGAGGUAGCGUUUGAGCUUGACCUUGAGGGAUAAGCGGAGAAGUGAAUGGGAGGAAAAUAGCAUUCCAGGCAGAUAAUGAAGCAACAGGAGCAAUGGGCAGAGAUGGAAGUAGUGGGGCCCUGGAGGGCCGUGUGGCGGGGAUGCUGGGAGACUGCCGCAGUUCGGCUGAGGACAUGGGCCUGUGCGGAGAUGUUGGUGUCCAUGAAGGAAGUGGGCGAUGACUUGCAGGAUCAGAUGAACUGCAUGAUGGGUGCCCUGCAGGAACUGAAGCUCCUCCAGGUGCAGGCGGCGCUGGAACGGCUGGACAUCUCUGCAGGGAGCACAGCCCCAGGGGGCCCAGGGAGCCCCGGAGCGCAGCCGGAGCCCGCUGGCUGGGCCGCCGCAGCGCAGUGCGCCUCCAGGUGCCUUCCUCUGGGCACCGAGCUUCGGGCCGCCGGCAGCGCGUGCGGGUGCGGGUGCGGGUGCGGGGUGCGGCCCCUCCCCGGGGCACAGCCUGCAGGGCACCAGGGCCGCACGCAGCCGGGGCCAGAGCCACUGGAACCCGAAGACUGGACCUCCACGUUGAUGUCCCGGGGCCGGAACCGACAGCCGCUGGUGCUGGGGGACAACGUCUUUGCGGACCUGGUGGGCAACUGGCUGGACCUGCCGGAGCUGGAGAAGGGGGCGGAGAAGGGGGAGAUGGGGGAGCCCCGAGGGGAGAGGAGCCAGCCCCGGGAGCUGGGCCGCAGGUUCUCUCUCACGGCGAACAUCUUUAGGAAGUUCCUGCGCAGCGUGCGGCCGGACCGGGACAGGCUGCUGAAGGAGAAGCCGGGCUGGGCAGCCCCCGCGGCCUCCGAGCCCAGGGCCGCCCGCUCGCACAAGGCCAAGAAGUGGAGCCAUCCCAAGGGCCCCGGACGGCUCCCCUUCCCGGGCACCGCAGGGCCCAGACACGGGGAAGGCCCCGCCGCCAGCUGCCCCAAGGCCCUGGAGCCGUCGCCUUCUGGCUUUGAUGUCAACACGGCUGUUUGGGUCUGAGUCCCGGAGACAGAAAGUUGACCUGAGCCCCAGAGCGGCCCCGUGUGCCGGGAAGCGUGGGCUGCGGGCGCUAUGGCUUUCGAAAGCCGAACUCCUGAGUUCCUUUCCCCCAGGAAGGAGGGCGAGACAGCGAGAGUGUCUGGAGCUGAGGGUUGUGUAUGGUUGAGUCAGGCUGGGGGGGGGGGGCUGUUGAGGAGGUGAGGGCUCCUGGGCAUGGAGAGACGUGGCAGGGGGGUACUCACCUUGGGGCUGCAGGUGACGAGAGGGGCAGGAACAGAGCAGUGGGCAAUCUUGAUCCUUCCCUGCCCCCAAAGACCUCAGUUGAACAUUCUGUAAGAUUAGAGUGCUGGGGUCUCUGGUCCCCCCCAGAGGCUCCCAAUAAAGACCUCGUCUGUGUCUCUGUCAUCCCCAACCUCAUCACCGUGGGCUCCUUGGCACAGGCGUGCAACGCCAGCCCUCCCAGGAUUGGGAGCAGGAGAGAGGAGCCUUCCCCAUCCCACUUCUCCCUGUCGCCUUCAAGAUUCCGGCCACACCCGGGCCUGAAAAAUGGGUGGAGUGGACCUGCGGGGACCUAGAGAUGGCCCUGGAUCUUUCAAAGGCACAGGAAAGAUGUGUACAGCACUUUUUUUUGUUAUUGUUUGUCUUUAAAGAUUUUAUUUAUUUAUUCAUGAGAGACACACGCAGAGAGAGAGGCAGAGACACAGGCACAGGGAGAAGCAGGCUCCACGCAGGGAGCCAAUAAGGGGACUCCAUCCCGGGUCCCCAGGAUCACGGCCUGGGCUGAAGGCGGCACUAAACCACUGAGCCCUCCGGGCUGCCCUGUGUAACACUUUAAAUGCUGGAAAGCCCUUUCCUAGCCAUCGCCACCUCUUGAGGAAGCAAGUAAGGCAGAUGUUUCCCUGUCUUCCAGCCAACGAGGCCGAGGCCGCCUGGAUGUGCCACCUGUGGGCAGGAAGCAGGAGGGCAGGGCGGCAGGGGGCAGGCCUGGAGCCCCAGACCAAGGGCAGCAGCAUCCCCACCCCCAUGCCCCUUCCCUGGCUCCCGCCCCCAAGACACAGGCAGGGGUCCCCUGGAGGGAAGGGGUGCCCCUCAGAGGCACGCACGCAUUUUUAGGUGCCCAACUCCCCAUGGGGCAUGGAGGCACCUCCUGGGAGACCGGACCCCAACUGGAGGGGAGGGAAGGGCCAGCGGUGGCUCUGCCCUAUACCGCAUGGCCCUCCCACCCCACCUGCGCUGCCAGCUGCUGGCUGGGGACAGACACUGUGGGUCCCCUUGGGGGCCAGACCGCCCCGUUGCCACUCCCCCCCACUGAGCUCCCCUCUACCUGAUGGGGGUGGGGUGACAACUGCAGUUAGGUGCAGGCCGCCUUCCUGCCCUCAGAGCAUUAACGGCAAAUUGUAGGAGAAUAAUCCCAAGAAAGGCUCUUUGUGCCUUCCAGAGCCCUGGAGACCAAGCUGGAGGAGGGAGGAGGCUUCCAUCACCCUCAGAUCCCCUCUGCCAAAUGGUGGAUGUUUCAUGCUUUGGUGGCGGGAGCCACACGAAGGAAGGUGCUAAAUUUAUUUAUUCAGUGCUUGCUAUUUGCCGGGCAGCGUGCAAAACAGGCCUUUCUAGACUGACCCUAGAAAGGGUUGUCUUCCUGGUGGAUCAGUGGAGGUUCAUAGGGGUCCUAAGGGCUGCCCAGAUCGGCCUGCCAACUCAUGCAAGAGCAAGAUUUGAAACAGGAUUGGCUGGCGGCAGAACAGCCUUCUGCCCUCCCGGAGUAUGGAGUUUGCCGACUGAGCCGGCCCUUUCUGGAGGAGCAAGCCCCUGCUCAUCCUGUCUCCCCAGGGAGGGCGUGGUGAUGCUUCAGUGCGGGGUGAAGGCCCGGUGGCUUCGGCUGCCAGGGUGCUGGUGCUGGUGCUGGUGCUGGUGGCAGUGCUGGUGGCGGUGCUGGUGCUGCUGCUGGUGCUGGUGGCGGUGCUGGUGCUAGUGCUGGUGGCGGUGCUGGUGCUGCUGGUGGUGCUGGUGGAGGUGCUGGUGCUGGUGGCAGUGCUGGUGCUGAUGCUGGUGCUGGUGGAGGUGCUGGUGCUGGUGCUGGUGGCGGUGCUGGUGCUGGUGCUGCUGGCGGUGCUGCUGGUGGUGGCGGUGCUGUGCAUGCGUGCAUGUGUGCGGAGACCUCGGAGAAGACCGGGUGGCUCCCGGCCUCGAGCCUGGGCGCGCUGCGCAGAGUAGCCACGUCUGCUCCAGGAGCCAAGCCAAGAGGAACGACAACAAAACCUGCCCCCUGCCCGUGUUAACCACGCGCGGCUGAUGAGUGGGGUGAUCCCGGGUCCCCCUGGGCGCUGCGACCCCGCCCUCUCGGGGAGGCGCCUGCACCCGCCCGGCCCAGGUGCUGCGGAAGGCGCAGGGUGGGGCAGAGGGGGCUGAGGGCUCGCUCGGCCCCUGGGGCUCACUCUCCGGCCAACCAGGACACGCAAGUAAGCGGGGCGCCUUCGCUACCCUCGCCGCGUGGAGCCCCCCACCCCGCCCCGCCCCGAGCGCGCCCCGGCACCCACCCCUCAGGGUGAGCCCGACCUGGACUUGCCCAGAGGAGCGGAGGCCGGGUCGGGCUUCGUCCCCACCACAUCCCCCUCGCUCCCCAUUCGGGAAUGCACCCCAGUCUUGCCCAGGUUGCAGCACUCCCUGCAGGGCCUCCACAGCUCGAGCCUUUGGGUGGCGGGGGUCCGGCUUCCAGUGCACCGCGGGGCACCUCCCCCGUCCCCCCGGAGCAGGUAAGGCACUCCUGCCAGGACCAUGGAAUGAGCACGGGGGCUGGAGUCAAACAGGAUGUGCGACCCCUUUCUGUCCCGGUCAGCUCCAGUGUGCUGCUUGACCUCUCCAAGCCUCGGCUUUCUGGUCUCUGACAUGCGGACAAGGCAAGGCUCUGCAGAUUCGAAGGCCGCAGUGCACAGUCUAGAACACAGCAAAAGCUCCCCACGGCACCUCAGGCCUGCGGUUCAGGCACCGACCCUGUGAACCAGAGCAAAACCACGAGGGAAAAAAAAACAAUAUAAACUUUCACUGGAGCUUGAGUUCUCCCUCCUCUGUUAAAAAAAAAAAUGUAUACUGGCUGGAUGGGCUCCCUGGACUGGGGCUGGGAUCGGGGAAGACAGCAGGUGUCUCUACUGUC